UCGUAACCUUGCCAUGCGACGAACGUUUCAAAUCGCCCGCAGCCGACGGUUCGGCCAGAUUGAUGCAAUAUUUUGAUAUGAAAGUCCCACAUAUCUCGCCCGGGUCCGUCGGUUUGUUGGUUGCGGGGCGGAUCGUGGUAGGGAACCUCAACGGUGACCACUUGCACGGACAUUUCAUCAAACAGGGGAAUUUAUCUUCUACAUAACGCGCCGCGAGUGUCACGUGCGUCUGUGUUCGCGCUGUUUUGGUUCGUGGCGGAGUGGUUUAGUUGUUUUGCCGAGAGGUAAGUCCCGAAGGUCACGGCUAAGAAUAGUCCACAUGCCGUUUUCGUGUAGUUUACCGUGAAAGUUUAAAAACGUGCCAGUUGGUAGGGAAAAUCGGGAUUAUUUAACAGACUCGGAGCCGAGACUUCAGUCCCAACCGCGGCCUAAGCCAAGUGAAAUGUUCGUCCGGAGCAGACGGAAACAGAUUCGAACUUUCGCGUACAAUUCUCUUCCCCUGUGAAAAAAAGUUAAUGAAUUUGUGACGAUGGGACCGCCUUCGAAGGUGCGUGGUAGAGAACCAUCGUCUUCGCCUGGAAAGACUGAGAGGAACAACAACAGCAUCAAGAGCGUAGACGUGAACGUGCGUGAGAGUCCUUCCAAGGAAGACGUGCAGAUAGAGAUCGUCGUUUGUCUGGAUAAAAAUAAAUCCCAGGUCGCGGAGAAGAACAACAAUAUUAGAAAUUUGGAACCGGUGAAGGUGAAGAUCAACCACGUGGGCGAGGAGAGAGUGAAGAAAGGGGGGAAGAAGAUGGGUUUUAAUGAUUUGAAUUUGGACGAGAUCAGGUAUAUCGACGAAAAUGAUGGUCUGGUGGAGGUACAUUUGGAUGGAAGGACGCGUGUGGAAGAGACAGAUUUAGACAAAGAAAUGGUAUUAGAGCCCAAGUUCGUCGACUAUGGAAGCAUCCACCCGACAGCAGACGUGCCUCAUCAACACUUCCAGCAGCACAACUCGUCGCAUGCCUUACUGAGCCCCAGACCCGUAUCCCUGUCGCUGCCGCCCCUAGAGGACGAGGAGUCGCCGAACACCUCCAACGAAGGAAAGAUGACUCAAGGAGACCUAUAUCAAAGACAACCGUUAUUGCCUAAUCCUGGAAAAGGAGACAAAUGGGGACACAACACACCCAACGACGACGACGACGAUAAUAUUAUUCAAAAGAGCAGUGAAAGAAACGGACAUAUUUCGAUAGAUCUGCCAACGCCGAUUCGGGAAGAACCCCGGUUUCCUCAGGAAAGGUGGAAAACGCUGCUAGCUGCGAUCAUCAUGUUUUUUAAUUUUGUGUUAACACUAACGUCUUUGAGUCUAGUGCACGAACGCGUGCCGGACAGAGAGGUGUACGGCCCUCUUCCCGAUGUGUUCCUCAACAAUGUACCUGCUUAUGACUGGGCUUUAGAUGUAUCAGAGUAUAUUAUUAUAAUUUGUGUUAAUUCGUGUAUGAUAGCUAUGAUCUUUCACAAACAUAGGUUUAUCGUCUUUAGAAGGAUAUUCCUAAUAAUGUCCUUACUGUAUAUGUACCGAGCCAUCACCAUGUACGUGACCGUAUUGCCUCUCUCGAGUAGAACCUACCCCUGUUCGCCGAAGUCCAACGAAACCUCUGUCCUUAUGAUCGCUAAGAGGGUGGUGAAGCUGAUGUCCGGUUUCGGACUGUCCGUCAACGGUCAGCACACAUACUGCGGGGACUUCAUCUACAGCGGCCACACCGUUAUUUUAGUGUUUAGUUAUUUAAUUAUAUCGGAAUACACGCCCAAAAAAUUAUACUUAGUCCACUGGCUUUACUGGAUAUUAGGCUGUAUCGGUGUUAUUAUGUUAGAGCUGUCCCACGGUCAUUAUAGUGUCGAUGUCAUUAUAGCUUAUUACGUCACGACCAGGAUAUUCUGGACUUACCACACGUUCGCCAACAAUGCUAGUCUUAAACAAUAUUCGUCAAAUAACUUAUUGAGCCGAGAGUGGUGGUUCGGCUUGUUCCUCUACUUCGAGGGUAACGUGGGCGGCCCGUUACCGAGACAAUUCAACUGGCCUCUGCCGUGGCCCAGACGGUGGCACCUGAAGAGCCGGGCCAGUUAGUGUCGUACGGUCGUGUGAAGACUGGUUGAAAUUUUAUUAUAUGUGAUAUAAAAAUAAUGUGUAACGCCUUAACUGACUAAAGAAUCUUGCUCUUUAUAUACAUAUACAAAGUGUUAAUUUAACUGUUUAUUCUUAUAUCUCGGAGUUUCCUAAGCUGUCUUGAAAUUUUAUAUGGAUAUUUUUAUUAACAUUUCUAAAGCAUCGGUUGGGUAUUCGUUGUAGUUGUAUUGCGUAGAUGGCCGCCACAGAGAUAUAUAUAUUUUUAGGUUAUAUCUACACCCGGGUUUUUAAGCUCUGUAUAAUGCAAGUUAUUUUUCUAUUAUUUAAUUGAUAAGGUGACUGACUUGGUUCGACUCAUCUCAAUCGAAAGUUUUAACCUCCCAACUGUGCCAAUCUAGAAAGCGCCCUUAGAAUUUUCGAUUGAAUAAGAGUGUGCGAGAAAGCGAUUAUUUAUUUGUGAUAAUGCAUCCUUUGUAUUCUUAUUUAUUUUACUGAAUAAAUGUAUUUUUUGUA